UUGUUGCUCUGGUUUCAUUUACCAGGAAAGCAAAACUUAAAGGGAGUUACGACUGUCCUCACACAAACAGCAGCAGCAGACUUCCAAAGGAUGAAGAUGUUUGGAAGAAUGAUGAGCUGCUGUGUGGCUCUCCUCCUGACCUUCAGCUCUGUGUCAGCUGUAAGACGAAAGCUCAACUCAGUCACUGAUCUGAGGUCAGUAGGCUUUGGCCAGUUUGUGCCUGUGCAGAGCCUCUGCUUGCUCCACUGGUUUGCCAAUGAAAUUGACAUUGACAUUAACGGUGACAUAAGUCUGACCUUUGACCCAAAUAGUUUUGAUUAUGGCUCACAUCAUUAUCGCAACAAUGAACAGCUGUUAGAACCACUGCCUUGGCGAUAUCAGUACUACAGUCUUGGUAAUAUCCAUCAACAAGGAUCGCUGCGGCUUCCACAUCAUAUCACUCACCUCCAAUUAGAGAACAAGGACGGCAACAGGGCUCGGAUUAUAAUCAGAGUGUGGGAGCAAAACCUUGGACGGCGAACUUCACAGAUAAUAGAUCGAGUCUAUAUCACACAGCAUUAUGAGACAUCUGAACAUCGAGGGACAGAGUAUGAUCCACUACAUACAUAUGAGAUCACUACUGACCUCUUAAGAGCGAUCAGUAAGUUUUCCAUGCACAGUGAUAACAUCAAUUUACUGAUGUCUCUCAGAGACCACUUCAGAAGCAGCGCUGAUGACUCCCAGCUAUCGGAGAUAAGAAACACGUGGGGUGACCUUGCUUUCCUUGGACUGUUGUUGUUUAUUGUGAUCCAGGAGAACAAUUCCUCUCACGAACACAACAACAGAUGGCAGCCAUCACAGAGAAGCAACGCACGAAGUGAUACUGUGGUCAAUAUCACAGAGAGAAAGCAACACAAUGCUUUUGUCUCCCCACAAAGCUACAACUCUACUUUGCAGGACGACAACAUCUGUGCAAGGCGUUUCUGUUUUGUGUUUGUUUUGUCUCUCAUUGCUGUUCUUCUAUAUUGGGCAUUGUCACCUAAACAUUAAUUUAACUACAAUCAGUGUCAACACACAGAUUAAAUAGAGCAUUUUUAUUAUGGUGUACUGCCACUGACAGCAAAACCCUUGAGCAAACAGUGUUUCAUCAUCAGUCUUCUUCCUGCAGCCUUGAUACACUCCCUGACAGUUUUUUUUUUCUUUUUCUCAGAAGCUCAGCCCCUAAACUCUUUUUCCUGACUUUUU